CCACUGUGGAGGUAAACAUGGCGGCUGUCGGACCUCUAGCAAGAAUGGCCAGGCUGGGCUCCAGCAUCUGCAGGAACCACCGUCUAAUAUCCAACAGAAAAUCACAGAGAAGAGGGAUAGCUUCUUGUAUCGACCCUAGUUAUGGACUCACAGAUGAACAGAAGGAGUUUCAGAAAGUGGCCUUUGACUUUGCAGCCAAUGAAAUGGCUCCACACAUGGCAGAGUGGGACCAGAAGGAAAUCUUUCCAGUGGAGACGAUGCGGAAAGCAGCCCAGUUGGGGUUUGGUGGCAUCUACGUUCAGCCAGAUGUUGGCGGUUCAGGACUUUCUCGGCUUGACACAUCGGUCAUCUUUGAGGCCUUGUCCACAGGAUGUGUGAGCACCACAGCCUACAUCAGUAUACACAACAUGUGUGCCUGGAUGAUAGACACCUUUGGCAAUAAUGAGCAGAGGGAAAAGUUCUGUCCUGACCUCUGUUUGAUGGAAAAGUUUGCAUCCUACUGUCUCACUGAACCAGGCAGCGGCAGUGAUGCUGCUUCACUUCUGACCACUGCACAGCGGAAAGGUGACCUCUACAUUUUAAAUGGCUCUAAGGCCUUCAUCAGUGGAGGAGGAGAUACGGACAUCUAUGUUGUGAUGUGCAGAACAGGAGGUAAAGGACCCAAAGGCAUCUCAUGUUUGGUGGUGGAGAAGGGGACGCCAGGCCUCAGCUUUGGCAAAAAGGAAAAGAAGGUGGGCUGGAACUCUCAGCCGACCAGGGCUGUGAUAUUCGAGGACUGUGCUGUUCCAGUCAUUAACCGGCUUGGUGAGGAAGGACAGGGCUUCGGCAUUGCCAUGAAAGGCCUGAACGGAGGCAGGAUUAAUAUUGCUUCCUGUUCUCUUGGGGCAGCGCAUGCCUGUGUGCAGCUAGCGAGGGAUCAUCUGUUGGUACGCAAGCAAUUUGGAGAGACGCUUUCCAACAACCAGUUUCUUCAGUUCAGACUGGCAGAAAUGGCCACUAAGCUGGUUGCUUCUCGCCUUCUGGUGCGUGAAGCUGCGACGGCGCUGCAGGACGGCCGACCUGAUGCUGUUUCCCUCUGCUCCAUGGCCAAGCUCUUUGUCACAGAUGAGUGCUUUAAUAUCUGCAACCAGGCUCUUCAGAUGCACGGCGGCUACGGUUACCUCAAAGACUACGCAGUGCAGCAGUUUGUUCGGGACAUCAGAGUCCAUCAGAUCCUAGAGGGAACCAACGAGGUGAUGAGGAUGAUCAUCUCCCGAAAUCUGCUGACAGAGUUAUGAUGAAAAUCUUUUCUUUGGAUCUUCACUUGACUGCAUAUUGUGGUCUUCAUAGCUGGUUUGUUACUGUUUGACUGGUCCUGAAUUUCUCUCUGUAUCAUGUUUUUUUCCAAAGGUGGCACAAAUUGUAGAAGAGUUUCGGAUGAACUAGUCAGGAAAACAUAGGUUUUUCUAGUGUAAUAUUAGAUCUGUUUUUUCAUUUUUAGGUACACCGGUGACAAGGCUUUUGGGAUGGGAAUGUUGAAUUAUUGAUCUGCUGGUCCACAGUGAGAUAACUCUGUUGUAGCUGCACAGAUUUCCAAGAAAAAUAUAGAUAACAUUGAUUUGUGGCUCAUACAGGAUGAAUCCAUUCACCAUCACUGGCCUGACCUCUGACCUUUUAUUGAGUAUAGUUGUACUUUAAGAUUAAUGCUAAUGUAGCAUGCUAAACAUUAGCAGUCAGCUUGAAAGUACAGCUAGAGAAGAUGAAGCACAUUUUAUUUAAGUAUAGAAUACACAUUAACACUGACAGUGUGUUAAACUAAUAUAACUGUACAUGAUUUUUAAAAAAGUAGCUUUUAUUACAGUUCAUAGUUUUAUUUCUCUGACUAUACCUCCAAAGUGCUAAGAAUCUAAACAUGUAAAAGGCUGGAUGUUCAUUUACAAAAUGUGGCUCCUGUGAAGCUGCUAGGUUAAUCUUUUGUAAAACGAAGAGCUGCUUUUUACAAUAGUUUGGAUUCUUUUUUCCAUUACUUUAACAGAACUUGGUGUUAACAAAAGGAUGAGGUUGUUCUGCAUCAAAUGCAGUCUCUGCAUCAGUCUCUAAAGUGGCCUUUCAGAGCAUAUUUAUCAUCAGUGUGACUGUAUUUUGCCCUGUUUUGUGUUGUGUAGUCUCCAAAUAAUAGAAAUAUAUAGGUUGUGUAUUGUGGGUUAUGUACUGAAAUGUCACUUUGUAGAUCACACUCCAAAUAAAACUAUCUCAAGUUUUCCUACAAGGAA